UCUGUUACCAGUUUACUUCGUAGGAUUUACAAAAGGUAAUUUAGUAUAACCGUGAUUGACACUGACAGUAGACAUCGACAAGCGUGAUAUACAUGCUACGAACAGAACACGGAUACACUUGAACUGUAACCGCGCAGUUUUAGAUAAAGGAGCUAAACAUUUUUUUGUAUUACUUCAUCGUAAACCACCGGCCGUUAUCAACCAGUGCCUUCUAUCUGAGAGUUCGUGAAGAAGUGACGACGGUUUCUACACUUUUACAUUUGGUGCCUGGACUGGUCGAUUCAUUGAGUGUCUUUAUGUGACAGUUGCGCUAUUUGCCCGUUUGCUUUUCGAGAUGGCAGAAUUACCACCGCCGCAACAGUUGGUUGAUAUUGACCCGGAUUUCGAGCCGCUCUCCCGCCCCCGGUCAUGCACCUGGCCUCUGCCUCGACCGGAGUUCAUCGAACCCGCCAGCUCGAACACAUCUUCACCGGCGCCUGCAGUCAAGCAGGAGCCUGUCGAAUACAUUAGUAACCUCAGUUUGUUAGAGGAGUCAGAGGACUACCAGGAGGAUGAGAAACGGCUCGUUUUGUGCAAUGAUUUUCAAUGCCAGGAGAAAUGCAUACACCAGCAACAGCAGCAACAUCAUCCACAGCAGUUACAGAAACACCCGGGUACUCUGCUGCCACACCAGCAACAGGUGCCCCCGCUCUCGUCCCCCGUCGGGUCAAAUUCGGUGGCCGCUGCUGCCGCCGCUGCGCAGAGGAAAAGCAGCUCGUCGCGUCGGAACGCGUGGGGGAAUAUGUCCUACGCGGACCUCAUCACCAAGGCGAUAGAGAGCUCACCCGAGAAGCGACUCACCUUGUCUCAGAUCUAUGACUGGAUGGUGAAGAGCGUGCCAUAUUUUAAGGAUAAAGGAGACAGUAAUAGCUCUGCAGGUUGGAAGAACUCCAUCCGCCACAACCUGUCCCUCCACAGUCGUUUUGUUCGUGUGCAGAAUGAGGGGACAGGGAAGAGCUCCUGGUGGAUGCUGAACCCCGAGGGAGGGAAGAGCGGGAAGUCCCCCCGACGUAGAGCUGCCUCCAUGGACAACAACAGCAAGUUCACCAAGAGCAGAGGACGGGCUGCAAAGAAGAAGGUGGCUCUCCAGGUGGAUGGGGGUGCAGACAGCCCGGGAGGCUUCCAGUACUCCAAGUGGCUCGGCAGCCCCAACUCCCAUAGCCACAGCAACGACGACUUCGAGGCCUGGACUACCUUCCGGACGCGCACCAGCUCCGACGCCUCCACCCUCUCUGGCCGUCGUUCUCCCUUCUUGGAACAGGAGGUCGACCUAUCAGAGGCCGACAUCCACAUGGGCUACCCCGGAGGGGUGGGGCCUAAGAUGACCUCCAUGACCACCCUGCCUAGCCUAUCAGAGGUGGGCCUGGUCGACUCCAUGGGUGGUCAUCACCACGGUCACCACGGAACAGAGAACGUGAUGGAUAGCCUCCUUGACAACCUCAACCUGCUGUCCCCCAAGAAUCAAACCCAGCUGGGGGUAGGCGGUGGUCCUGGGUCUGGGCCUGACUCCUCCCGGUCCUCUCCCUCCUCCAAGCUUCAGAACAGCCCUUAUAGCUCCCCUUCCAUGACCCCUCACCCCCAGCCCCAACAGCAGGACUAUAGGAAGUGCCACUACGGCCAGGCCGGGCCAGGGAUGAAUAGCCCACAUCUCUCUCCCAUCCCCAUGCAGACGCUGCAAGAGAGCAAGUCGCCAGGGUCCUUCGCACCCUUCCUGAGCCAUUACAACUGCCCUGCUGGGCUACUCAAGGAGCUGUUGACCUCUGACGUAGCCGACCCUUGUUGUGGUGGGGAGGCCAUGCCCUCCAUGGAGACUGUAGUGUCCCAGUCUGGGAGAGGAAGAGGAGGGCGGAUGCUUCCCAACUACAGCAGCCAGGUGCAGGUAGGGGGGCACGGGGGGGUGAAGAUAAUGAGUCCCCCACCUCAGCAACACCCACAGCACCCUCAGUUACAUCCUCACCCUCACCCGCGGCCCCUCCACAGCCAGGGCCCUCCCCCCUCUGGGCCCUCCAUGAACAGCUGUGGCCUGAUUCCCCUGACCAGCCUGAACCACGCCGGGGGCCCAGCCCGUCUUGCUAGCCUCAGGACACACAUCCACCAGCUACAGCAGCAGCCACGUGGUGGUGGUCACCCAGCCUCAGGCCACCAAAACCACAGUCCCCACCACAGCGGAGCUCCUCCACCCAGCUACGGCAGCAGUGCUAAUGGUUAUGUGAGGCCAGGUCCAGGCCACGGCCACAGCUCUGGUCAUCCCCAGGCUCACCAUCACCACCAAUAUCACAACCAUCAUCAGGAGAGGCUGCCUAGUGAUCUAGACGACAUGUCCAUAGAGAGGUUCGAGUGUGACAUGGAGUCUGUUCUUCAUGACACGCUGAUGGAUGGAGACUCGCUGGACUUCAACUUUGACCCCAUGGUAACCUCUCAGGGGUUCAGUCAGGGGGUUGGGGUGAAGACCACCACACACAGCUGGGUGUCUGGCUAGGACACACACCUCUCAGACAGAUUUUUCACCUUUCGACACUGGCCUUCGUUAAGAGAAUGGAAAGGUCUAAGGAAACCAUUGCCCCUCUCCACAGCACUAUCAUCAGCCCGUCCCAAUUCUCUCACUAUCCAUUGCAGAUCUGUAAGGUGGAAGAAAUAAUGCAUUUUGCGAAGAUCGAAGGGUAAGGGCCAAGGGGAAGGGCUUAGAGAGUGAAUCGGGGCUGGCUGAGACUGUGCUUGUUUGGAGGGAACGUCUCGCCUGAAGUUGGCUUUGUAAAUACAGCAGCGCCCGACUCGGCACAAUGUCAUUCACUUCAACAGAACCUGGAAGAAGCUGGAGCCUAAUUUACAAAAAGCUUUGUUUUGUUGUGAAAUAUAUUUUGUUUUUAUUGUGUUAUUAUCGUUUUUGGGCUCUCACAUGAUGUUUUUGGGCUCUCACAUGAUGUUUUUGGGCUCUCACAUGAUGUUUAUGGGCUCUCACAUGAUGUUUUUGGGCUCUCACAUUAUGUUUUUGGGCUCUCACAUGAUGUUUUUGGGCUCUCACAUGAUGUUUUUGGGCUCUCACAUGAUGUUUUUGCAAGUGUAUUUCUUUUUUAUGUUCAGUGUCAAAAUCACACAAGAUCAGGGCUAGUUUUAGCUCUUCAAAAACAACUGGAAUGGAGUCUGUUCUACUCUACAUUCAAGUGGGGUCAGUCCCGCCCUUCAGGGUGCUUUUCAACAAGGUUGUCAAAAAGCAUUUGGCAUAUUAUGUAUGAAUAAAAUAUUAGGGAUGUAAAAUAUGCUAAAAUACUUCAAACAUAUGUAAUGUAUACUGUGUGUAUAUUUGUGAAAAGGAAUAUUCUUACAUUUGUAUUAUUCUUACACCUUUCUCUGUGUGCAUUUAAAAUUCCCUUUUCAUUGCCUCUCAUUACCUUUCAAAUGACCAAUAUGCUAUGUUGAACCAUCUACCCAGGAACCAGGCCAGCAUAGGGAUAACAAAGUCACAGUGAUAGGACAAAUCAGACUAGUUCAGUGAUAAUAUAUAUAUAUGUAUUUUAGUGACAGGACAAAUCAGAGAAGUGCAGCAAGUGGUUACUCAUCUAACACCUCAGGCUAUUCUUUCCUCAGCUGUUCAUCACUCUUCCCUUCUCUUGCCCUUCACGUCUCUUUCGAGUUACGAUUCCUAAUUCCAUCUACUUUUCUCUAAUCAUCAUCUAUCUGAUUGUGACGAUCACACUCUCCCUGGCCUUCAUUCAGCUCGCAUCCCUGACUCCCUUUUCUCACUCCCACCAUUUCCCUCCCACUCUCCUACCCUUUUCUAACUCACCUCUCUUUGUGCCUUAUUACUCUCAAUUCCUCUCUUCAUCUCUCGCUCUCGCCCCCUCUUCCUCUCCUUCUCUGUCUGUGGGUGUGAGGGCGCUGUAUGCAUUAGGAGGGCAGUGAUAAUUUGAGAGGCUGAUAAUGGACUCUAGUUUAUCUCACAUAACAGUGCUCAACAGCAGAACACAGGAUUUGAGCUUUUUUCCUCCCUAGCAACCCUCCCUCUCUUCCUCCUUUUUUUUUGUCACACACCAAAACGUGUAACCUAAAUAACCUGAUGUUUUAGAGUCAGUGUGCUGAUUCACUGCACCUUUUAUAAUCUCAGAUUUAUGUAAGUAAGUUUUGGAAAGUCAAGGCUUUAUUUGUUACUAGACUUUGCAUUGUAGUUUAUAAUAAUUCCCUGAGUGACCUGUGAGAAUCUGUGUAGUGCUGGAGUAACCUGGUAGAGUCUGCACCUAUAGGUUGCCAUUUGGGACUUAACCUAAAUCAGCUGUCUCAAACUCCAGGCACGGGAUCUACUGUAUAUCAGCCCCACAAGAUGCUUUCUUGUUUGUUCCCCAGAUUAAUAUCUCAUUUGAGUUUGAGGUCUAAAUGGAUUCCCCUCUUUACCAGCCUCUCCCCCACUUGGCUGUUUACUAAACAUGUUUAAUUAAUGCAAUUUAAGAUGAGUUAACGCACACUCACACACUCAUACCUCAACUUAUUUUACCUCUCACCGUUCUGUCACAGUACAUGGGGAUUGGGUAUGUAAAAUAUGAUCCAUACCUUUUUUCUUGAUAUACAGUAUGGAUGGACAUGUUAUUGAUGUUACGAUGGACCAUUCACAAACCUUACCAGCUAUAUGUGUACUGAGUGAUAUAAUAUAUUUCUUCUUUCACUUUUUGUUGAUUCCAUUUUCUUCUCUCAAAACAAUACCCCUUACCUACUUUCAGCAUGUGACCUCACUGUAAAUAAUAAGAAAUUAAUAUGUAGAUUAUUUGAAAUUAAUGAAACAUUUAAGAUAGGGUAUGCAGUACCUACACAGACCCUAUUGUGAGAGACUGCCUGCAUCCCAAAUGGUACCGUAUUCCCUAUAUAGUGCACAUGGGGUUCUGUUCAAAAGUAGUACACUACAUAGGGAAUAUGGUGCCAUUUGGGACCGACACACUAUGUUAGUUCCAGUUUUCAGAUCAUCAUUCUUGAGAAAAUUAUAUCGUAUAAAAUCUUUUUAUUAUUAUUAUUAUCUUAACUUUUUGUAACUAUUUGAUUUGAUUUAGAUACUCAACAAAAAAAUGAAGUAUUCAGCUAAUAGAUUAUGCAAUGAUUUAAGUGCUCUUUUUGUUUUUGGAAACUGACAUUGUUACUUAGCUGCUGUUUGUAUAAAAAAACGAAUAAGUGAAAGUAGACAUUUUGAAAUUGACUUCGUAAACAACAUAUACACAAACGAUAACGUGAAUAAAAGUCGGACCAAUUUACGUUUACAAUGUUGCACUUCUAAAGUUUUGUAGUUGCUGAAGUGUUUUGUAUAAUUAGUUUUGACUGUAAAGAUUUGACAGAAAACUGCUUAUCCUCAAACAUAAACAAGUGUUUGGGCCUGUUACAUUUCUUAAUUUAUGUAUGGAAAGUCAAAUGUAUUUUGAUAUUUGUCUGAGAUUUGCCAUAAAAGUACAAUGAGAUUUGUUUAUGAAUUACAAAUGAUCUACAGUGGGGUCCGGAAUUAUUGGAUCUCUUAAUAAAGAUAUGUUUCUUUGAAUAAAGUAUGCUCAAUAAAGUAUGCUCCAAUUUUGUUUUUAUGGAUGAGGUAUUUUCUGCAUAUGCAUUGUUCUUUCGAAGGCCAAACACAAUGCUCGUGUGGGUGGCCAAAGAGCUCUAUUUUCGUGCCAUAUGACCAUAGCACCGGUUCCAAUCCAAGUACCAAUGCCGUUUAGCAAACUCCAGGCGGUGCUAUGGUCAGAUGACAUGAGAAUAGAGCUCUUUGGCCACACACACCAUUGGUGGGUUUGGCCUUUGAAAGAACAGUGCAAAUGCAGAAAAUACAUUGACUCUACUGUAAAAUAUAGUGAUGGAUCUUUGACGUUAUCAGACUAUUUUCCUUCCACUGGUCCAGUGGCCCUUGUUAAGGUCAACGGCAUCAGAAAUUUACCAAGUACCAGGACAAAAACCUUGUUGCCUCUCCUAGGAAGCUGAAAUGUCUUUGCAAGUGGAUCAUCUAGCAAGACAAUAACACCAAGCACACAGCAAAAUCCACAAAGAAAUGGUUAAUUGGACACAAAAUGUAUAUUUUUGCAAUGGCCAUCUCAGUCUCUGGACUUGAGAACCCAAUUGAAAACCUGUAGUUUGAAUUGAAGAGGGCAGUCCAUAAGCACAGACAAAUGAUAUCAAGGAUCUGGAAAGAUUUUGUAUGGCGGAAUGUCCUUCCCAAUUUGUUCACCAAUCUCAUUAUAUAUCUUUUUUUUUAAGGCUCAGUGUCAUUAUACUUGCAAGGGGAGGGUGCUGGACUAUUGAAAGCAUGGGAUCCAAUCAUUUUGACCCCUUUCCUUUACAUAACAUUUUUUAUUAUACACUAUAGCUCAGCAUUUGUACUAUUUAUUUUAUACAGUCUUUUUUGUGCAUCUUUAUCAAGGGAUCCAAUAAUUCCGGACCCCAGAAUAUAUAUUGUAAAAUAGCUCUUGUUUGUUUGAAGAAUAGAGAGUUGACAUUCUGAGUUCUGAUUGGAAACUGUAUCUAUAAUUGUUAACUGCUUAUAUGAUUAUACAGUGCAUUCGGAAAGUAUUCAGACCACUUGACUUUUUCCACAUUUUGUUACGUUACAGCCUUAUUCUAAAAUGGAUUAAAUUACUUUUUUUCUUCAUCAAUCUACACCCCAUAAUGACAAAGAAAAAACGGGUUUUUAGAAAUUGUUGCAAAUGUAUUACAAAUAAAAACAGAAAUACCUUAUUUACAUCUGUAUUCAGACCCUUUGCUAUGAAACUCAAAAUUGAGCUCAGGUGCAUCCUGUUUCCAUUGGCCAUCUUUGAGAUGUUUCUACAACUUAAUUGGUGUCCACCUGUGGUAAAUUCAAUUGAUUGGACAUGAUUUGGAAAGGCACACACCUGUCUAUGUCAGGUCCCACAGUUGACAGUGCAUGUCAGAUCUAAAAGCCAAGCCAUGAUGUCGAAGGAAUUGUCCGUAGGGCUCCAAGACAGCAUUGUGUCGAGGCACAGAUCUGCAGAAGGGUACCAAAACAUUUCUGCAGCAUUGAAGGACGCCAAGAACACAGUGGCCUCCAUCAUUCUUAAAUGGAAGAAGUUUGGAACCACCAACUCUUCCUAGAGCUGGCCGCCCGCCCAAACUGAGCAAUCAGGGGAGGAGGGCCUUGGUCAGGGAGGUGACCAAGAACCCGAUGGUCACUCUGACAGAGCUCCAGAGUUCCUCUGUGGAGAUGGGAGAGCCUUCCAGAAGGACAACCAUCUCUGCAGCACUCCACCAAUCAGGCCUUCAUGGUAGCAUGGCCAGACGGAAGCCACUUCUCAGUAAAAGGCACAUGACAGCCCACUUGGAGUUUGUUAAAAGGCACCUAAAGGACUCUCAGACCAUGAAUAACAAAAUUCUCUGGUCUGAAGAAACCUGGAUUGAACUCUUUGGCCUGAAUGCCAAGUGUCAUGUCUGGAGGAAACCUAGCACCAUCCCUAAGGUGAAGCAUGGUGGUGGCAGCAUCAUGCUGUGGGGAUGUUUUUCUUCGGCAGGGACUGGGAGACUAGUCAGGAUCGAGGGAAAGAUGAACGGAGCAAAGCUUGUAGCGUCAUACCCAAGAAGACUCUGUAAUUGCUGCCAAAUGUGCUUCAACCAAAUUCUGAGUAAAGGGUCUGAAUACUUAUGUAAAUAUGAUAUUUACAUAUAAAAAAAUCUGUUUUUGCUUUGUAGUUAUGGGGUAUUGUGUAUAGAUUGAUGAGGGGGGAAAUAACUAUUUAAUCCAUUUUAGAAUAAGGCUGUAACGUAACAAAAUGUGGAAAAAGUUUAGGGGUCUGAAUACUUUCCGAAAGCACUGUAUUUUGACACAGGCAAAUCUUAAAGUCAAUGGUUAUUGUGCAAUGUUGAUGCUGAUCUUAAAAUCAAUGUUGAUGAGUUAGUGUUGACUGUAGUUGUUUCUGGUGAGUGUUCAUUACAUUUAAAUUGUUAUUGGUUCAUGUUUAUCCUGACUUGUAUGUAAAUGUUGCCUGCUAUUCUUUUGCCUUGGUGUUAAAAAAAACAUACAACCACCCUCCCCUUUAAUAAGUAGUCAUAUCUUAAAGGGGAGAAGUGACAACUCAGACCAGCCAGCUACACCAUGGUGCUUUCUUGGAACCUCGAGGAGCAAGUGCCUGACACUAUUCUAUCUGCGCCAUAUUUACAAAAAAAAUGCAACAAGUAAGAUUUUGUGAAAAAAAUCUUUUUGCAGAUGUUGGUUGAAGCCGUAUGUAUAUAUAAAUGAUCUCACUGAAAA